UCAUGAUAGAUAAAAAGAUGUAGUCGUACGUCAUUGGUCACGUGAUUUGAGACAAACUCCGAAGUAAUGCUCCAGAAAAAACAAUCCUUCCGAGUUUUGGGGCGUGGUUCGCAGCACCGUGUUUGCGCUAAAGAGCAAACAUCACUCGCCAUAACGCCGGUCAGGACACCCAGUAUUAUUUAAUUCAUGAUAUAAGGCACAAAAGUUUGUCCAAGUAGAGUUGCCGUACUACUUUACCCGUAAGCGCUACUACCGUCCCGUGUUCAUUUUGCUAAAUCAUGCGCGCUUGACUAAAUCCCUCUUUUCCUUCCUGAAAGAGUAGAAAAAUAACAUAAACCUUAGAAAGUUUGGAGUGCACCGAUUGGCCGGAAUAAAACGUCAACCUUGUUCGAAUAAACAUGUUUUGGCGCUUCCCAAGCAAGCUUAGCUUAGCUGCUAACAAAGAUGCCUCAUGUAGCAGAGCUCGCUUGUGAGUGGAAAACCUUGUGAAAUGUGUUCAAAAAGGACAGCAGACUACAUGGAGGAACUCUCUGGAACUCAAGAGGAGAACGAGCGACAACGACGUCAAGAUUGCGACAUGCAGCAUCCAGAUGGGCUUCACACAGCUGACAUCAUUGAAGACUCUUUUCAUCCUGCGCAGCGGGAGCCAAGGCCCCCUCAUAUGAAAGCAGAAGAUGAGACAGAGACAGCCCACAUUAAAGAAGAAGAUCAUGAAGACGAAAUUACAACAUUUCCAUUGACUGUCAUUGUGAAGCGUGAAGAAGGUGAUGGAGACCAAAGCGAAGGAUCCCAGGCAGACUGUCUUUUUUCUCCACUGUCAGAAAGCAAUGACAUCACCUCACAAUCUUCCAAUGACGAUGAACACUCUGAAGGUGAUAUGACAUGUCAUGCUGACAACGAAGGUGUGAAACAUCCUCAUUGUGACAAAAGUUUGGCCCAUGAGGGAUCGUUGAAAGUACAAAAAAACACACACGUUGUGGAAAAACCUUUCGUCUGCCCAUUUUGUGGUACAAGAUUCACUCGGAAGUUUGAUUUGACCAGACACACGAGAGCACACACUGGAGAAAGACCUUUUGCCUGCUCAGUUUGCAGUAAAACAUUUCGUGACAAAAAAAUUUUAAAAUUUCACACGAGGACACACACUGGAGAAAAACCUUUUGUCUGCUCAGUGUGUGGUAAACGAUUCUCUCAGAAGUCUCAUUUAACAAGCCACACGCGAACACACACUGGAGAAAAACCUUUUGUCUGCUCCGUUUGUGGCACAAGCUUUUCUACCAAGUCCGGUUUAACAAGGCACACCAUUAUACACACUGGGGAAAAACCUUUUGACUGCUCAGAAUGUGGCAAAGGAUUCUCUACAAAGUCAGCUUUAACAAAGCACACCGUCAUACACACUGGUGAAAAACCUUUUACCUGCUCGGUUUGUGGUAAAAGAUUCUCAAAAAAGUCCAAUUUAAAAUGCCACACGAGAACACACACUGGAGAUAAACCAUAUGUCUGCUCAGUUUGUGGAAUGAGGUUCUUAAUCAGGGAACAUUUGAAAAGGCACACAAGAAAGCACACCGGGGAAAAACCAUUUCCCUGCUCAAUUUGUGGUAAAAGAUAUUCCGACAAACGGAAUUUAACAAUUCACUUAAGAACGCACACAGGAGAAAAACGUUACGUCUGCUCUGUUUGUGGUAAAAGAUAUUGCGACAAGCGAGAUUUAACAAAUCAUACAAGAACGCACACUGGUGAGAAUCAAUUCAGUUGCUGCGUGUGUGACAGAAGAUUCUCCCACUUGGGUUACAUGAGGCGACACAAAUGUGCUCAGGAGCGGAGCGCUGAUCAGUGAGGCAUAAUAAAAAAAUUUGAUAGCUUACCCUUGUUUGUUGCUGCAACUUGAAAUAGAUAAACAGCUAAUUAAACAGUCUUAACUUUUCUGUACAGUGUAAACUGUUGCUUUUUAAAUUCACUGCGUUACAAAUUAUUACAUUUGAAUUGAAUUAACAAUUUCAAAGAUGGUGGUGACGAGAGUGGAAAGCUAUUAAAAUGUUGACACCUAAGACCUUUAACGCUUCAUAGUGCCAGUGACUUUUUUUUGGGUUUUGUUAUGUUAAAUUUUGGGAAUUAUCAUUUUCGAUAUACACUGGUACCUCGACAUACGAUCGCUUCGACACACUAUCUUUUCGACGUCUGACGUUAAAUUUGACUUACCAUUUGUUUCUACAUCCGACGACAUACUCUUAAUACAACGAUAUAUGACAGUGCCGCAGUUUCCUUGUUUUCCAGCAAGACUGACGCACGGCAGAUUUUCAUGUGAGAGAAAUCAACAUGGGUUCCAACUGUGUUAGUGCAUGUGGUGAAAAAAAGGAAAAAUGUGAUGCUUACCAUUGAAACGAAGAUAGAGAUGAUGGAAAAAUAAAAGCAUGGUGUGCUCAUCCGUGAACUGGCUCGAAAAUAUGGCCAUAGAAUGUCUACUCUCGACGGUCCUCCUCCGACCUCCGUUCGCCAGUCAUUAUAAGUUAAAGUGACAAUUAUUGUGGUAACAUUGCAAAAGAAAUCGCCAGCUCUGCCAGGUUUCUAAUCAUUUAUUUAAUUAACUUGUGCAACACAACACGCCUGCUGUCCCCUGCAAAUGAACAAAGUGAAGGUAAAAAGUCUCAUCUCACACUGUCAAGUCAGCCGCGCGAUGCGUUGAGGUACACCACGGAAACACAUUCGCCACAUUAGAACCCGAUUUGUUACAUUAUUACAGGUAUUAUUAUUAUUAAAAUUUGUAUUUAUAAUUUAUUUGUUUUGCUCCGUGUAAUUGUUAUUUCUAAUAGUACCACCAGUAUUUAUUAAGGAUUUAGUGUAGGUUUUCUGGCUGAGGAACGAAUUAAUUGAAUAUAAUGUAUUCUUAUGGGAAAAUCCUGGUCAACAUGCGACCAUUUGGACUUAUAAACAAGGUCCUGGAAUGAAUUAACUUUGUAUGUAGAGGUACCACUAUAUUUCUAAAAAAAAAAAAAAAUCUAAAGCUAAUUUUUCAUAGUAUUUAGCUCAUUGCAUCACAUUGUCGGUGAUAGAUAUCCAAUCCAUUUUGACAGGGAGUUAAAAUGGAUUGGAUUUAUAUCUCUGUUAACGGCAGCCAAUGAGUUAAAUGAGUGCCCGGUAUGGAUAAAAAAUAAAAAGAAAUGAGGAUUACACUGUGUUUUUUCUGUUUGUUUCUCUUUUUUUAAUAGGACUAGCCAUGAUUGCUCAUCUUCCAUUGCCUUUGACGGCGCUAGACGUCUAAUCCAUUUUGACUGGAGGGGCAAAUGAACUCGCCCCUCAUAGUCGUACUCCGCAGCAGCCAGCUGUAUUAUUGUUUAUAUUGUUGUCACAUUAAAGUGAGUAAAGCCAUUCCUGACUCUUCUCUCUCAGCCGAGGUCUUUACAGUACUAUAUAUGUAUGUAUAUAUACAGGGCCAGCCCAGCCUAUACGCAGACUAUGCAGCUGCUUAGGGCCCCUGACCACUAGGGGGCCCCCGAUCUGGCAAUUGUUUAAUUUAUAUUCUAUUUUGUUUACUACAGUUUGAUUUAUUUGAUUUUUGUGAGUUUUGGUACUUGAAUACAAGCUUAAAAAAAUAAAAGUUGUUCUUUAACUUCUUUCUUUCCUCUUUUAGAAAAAGGUUUGGCACUAUCUACUGUAAGUACUGA